GUACAAUGUACAUACCAUGCGGUGGCCAGAAUCAUCAAGCUCUGCAUCGCACCUACAAUGUGCAGUACUACUUCCACCGUGUGAGACCGACAACUACUGUUACCCCCCCUGCGUACUGGAGUGACAUAUCUCAAAAACCGUAGCUUGUCCUACGGCAUGCCGUCAAACCGCCGCGGUUGGGUGCUUGCCGCUGACGAGCACGAGACCUGUCGAUGUCGAUAAUUUUUUUCGGGCGGAAACGUCAAGAUCUGAAAAGCAAUGCAGUGCUGGACAUGCCGAAGUCGCCAGAAGCAUUCAAACCACUGCGGCCAAGAGAACGCAGCAUCUGGCCAGCUCUGGUUGAAUUGGCACAGUGACACCGGCGGUUACCAAAGGGUUUGAGUAGGCAAAAUCUGAAUGCGCCGGUAUAUCACCCGGGCCAGCGAAAAAAGAGCCCAAAGAUGGCGAACCAGUCAAGGCAAACAGGUACAGCGUUAGAGUCUGGCGAACGCUCCAUCUCUGCCAGGGCCCGCGAAAAUGGUUGCUUUCCCAACUUCCAGGCUGGUCAUCUUGGACGAAUCAGCGGCCGAGCGCAUUUGCAACACUGGAGCAUCAAAUUUUUGCGACCGGGACCAAGUUUCCAAUGAGUUUCGCGCGUUCCUGACGCCGCCGCCGCACUAGAAGUUCGGCCUGGACGGCCGCGCGACCUUAGCCGGGAGUCGGGAAAUUUGGCAGGAUUGACAUUGGUCAGUCGUGGAGGACAGGCCAGGGACAGUGAAAGUGACAGGACCUUAGCCCCGUCAAGGUCCCCGUCUUGAUGGGCGGUCGGUCAGGUCCACGUUCAACGGAUGCCCCGAGGGGACCCAAACAGAUCAACCGCUGCUUGGUCAAUUCGACCUCGUCGCCGCGCCGCCGUCGCUGGCCCAACUUUGCUUCGCUGCUUCAUGGCCAUUUACUACUACGCAAUCUGCUGGUCAAUGUGACCAGGUCCCAUUCAUUAUUUGCUGCCGGGCCAGCGCUCCACUAUCGUCAAUAUUGCCCCAAGCUUGCAACUUGCGCCCAUCAGAGACUUUCGCUUUUCCCCGGCCGGCGCCACAUAUACAUACUUGCGCCUCUUCCCUGCUCUUCCUUUCCAUGCCUUGACCACCUACCUUACUUUUUGUCUCUCAUCGUCGCGAGAUCGCAGUCGCACGAGUUCGCUGAGCUCCCUCUCAGUCCUCCGUUCAUUCUCCAUUCGAGCAGUGCUCGCUCAUACCGCUGUGCGCGCCAUAACAUUCUUGACUUGCCGUCAUACCAACAACGACCGGCCGAUAUUCGAAACGAAAUAGUAUCGAUUAGACGUCGCUCACUGGACAUCGCGUCCAACAUUUUGCAAAGCUAUCCUUCGCUAGACUACCUUGAGCGAUCAAGAACCUCGACAGCCAACAUGCGCUUCACUUCUGCGAUUGCGGCCAUCGCGCUGCUGUCGACGCCAGCCGUUCUGGCCCAAGAAUCCUCCGACGCCACCAUCACCGUCACAUCAUCUUACUCGACCACUCUCACAGUGACCAAGACUCUCACUUAUGCAUUUGCCCAUGCCAACACCAACGUCACCACGACCAGCACCACAUCCUCGUUCCAGCCUACGGGGUGGAACGUGACUUCGACCGUCACGGAGAGCAGCAGCUCCUCGUUCAACAAGACUACUCUGACCCCAGCUUCCUCGUCAUCCGUUUCAUCUGAGACCUCAGCUGCGCCAUCCAUCGCGCAAGCUACGGGAGCCGCCAGCGCUCAAGAGAUCAAUUUGGCCGUCGCGGCCCUUGCCGGCCUCAGCGCCAUGAUCUGGGGUUCAUUAUGAAGACGGGCGGAGCACAGCUUCUUCGCCUAUCAAGACUUCUUGAAGUUUUCUUUUCUUCAUUCUUGACUGGAUCAAUCAUCCUCGGCGAGCAACAGCAGCCAGUUUAUGUCGGCCCGAGACGAUCAUUUUUAUUUUCUACUUCAUCUCUGCGAGAGUUGAGUUUGAAUAGGAGGGUUUACGACUCGAGGUACAUUUUUACAUCAGCCGCAGCCGGUUGGUCUUUUUGCGUACUCGGUCUACUUUUUUUGUGAGAAGAACGGAAUAUGGCCGUCGCCUGGGGCGCCAGUGAGUGACUCGAUGUCACUCACAGCUGAAGAGGAGAGAGCUUCUUGCGAGCUAGUCUGGCAUUGUCGGCCGUGCGAUGGACAGCAGAUCAGUUCUUUGGGAAAGGGUUCAUGACGAGCGGACAGACAUCAUCAUCGUUCGCUUGUCUGUUCUGUUCCGCGCUGCUCCCGCGAGCUUGAGCUGAGGGAGCGUGAGUAUAGAGAGCCAAGCAAGGAGUGUUGGUGUGAUUUUCUUUUUUUAUUUUGGCUAUAUACCCCCCAGCCCUUGAACGACUGAUAUGAUGACUACUUAGUUCGUCCCUUUCUAUACAUCAACGUCAAUACUAUCAAAUCAAACAAAAUCGAUCCCA